CUCACAAGUAAUCUUGAGAGUUUGGUUUUCUUUUCCUUAUAGCUUUAUGAGAGAAGAUGAGGAUUUUGCAUGGGGCAAGAAACAGUAGAAACCAAGAGAAAGGGUGUUUUUUAUGCUACAAACACUUGAAAUGGGUCCUCUGGUUAUCGGUCUCCAUUUACUACUUCUCGUCUUUUCUCGUCACUCGAACUAAUAAUAAACCAGCGACCUCCUCGCAGGCUAAAGCACCGUCUCGUGCUCUUAUUGAACGAGACCGAUUGUUGUUCAAUUCGUCCUUCCUACGUACAACACAAAAACCUGAUGGGUUAUUUAAGGGAAUGAAGGUUUAUGUAUACGAUCUCCCGCCUAAAUACAACAAGGAUUGGAUAGUAUCAAACAAGCGCUGCAACAGCCACUUGUUUGCAUCGGAGGUUGCAAUCCACAGAGCUCUACUUAGGAGCAAAGUGAGAACAGUGAACCCACUGGAGGCCGACUUCUUCUUUGUCCCCGUUUAUGUCUCGUGCAACUUCAGCACCGUCAAUGGCUUUCCCGCCAUCGGCCACGCGCGCUCUCUCAUAUCCUCUGCCGUCAAACUCAUUUCCUCUCACUUCCCUUUCUGGAAUCGUACACGUGGAGCUGACCACGUCUUUGUAGCUUCCCAUGACUUCGGCUCUUGUUUUCACACACUGGAAGAUGUGGCGAUUGCGGAUGGGGUGCCCGAAAUAUUGAAAAACUCGGUGAUUUUGCAGACAUUUGGGGUGAAUCACGAGCACCCAUGUCAGCACGUGGAGCACGUCGUCAUCCCACCGUACAUCCCACCAGAAACCGUGCGCGCCACACUGGAAAAUUCCCCGCUGACCGGCUGCCGGGACAUUUUUGCCUUCUUCAGGGGCAAAAUGGAACUCCACCCCAAGAAUGUCAGCGGCCGUUUCUACAGCAAGCGGGUGAGGACGGAGAUAUGGCGGAGAUACGGCAGCGACAAGAGGUUCUACUUGCGGCGGCAUAGAUUCUCUGGCUACCAAUCUGAGAUAGCGCGGUCAAAGUUCUGCCUGUGCCCAUUGGGGUGGGCCCCGUGGAGCCCGAGGCUCGUGGAGUCGGUGGCUCUAGGCUGCGUCCCCGUGAUUAUAGCCGACGGCAUCCGGCUGCCUUUCCCGGCCGCCGUGUCCUGGGCGGAGAUAUCUAUAACCGUGAUGGAGGAUGACGUGGCCAGGCUGGGCCAAAUUCUCCAACACGUGGCGGAUACUAAUCUGACGGUGAUUCAGAGAAGGCUGUGGGAUCCGUCGGUUAGAAAGGCGCUGCUGUUCGAUGUCCCGAGUUCGGAAGGAGACGCCACGUGGCAGGUUUUGGAGGCGCUAUCAGGGAAGCUCGGGCGGUCCCACCGGAGGUCAAGCGCUUGA